AUGGAAUCACCUGUUGUAGAGGGUAAUAGUGGCGAAGUUGCAACACCAACACUUCCACAACCACCAACACCAGUUAGUAGCAAUAUUAGGGUUGUAUGUAGAGUAAGACCAUUAACUGAAUUGGAGAAAGGAAGAAACGAACAUUCUAUUGUACAUUUUUUCGAUUCAAAGUCUAUCUCAAUUAGAGCCAAUGGUCCUCAAUUUACAUUCGAUCGUAUCUUUGGUUACCAAGAGACACAAUCUCAAAUAUUUGAAGAUGUUGCAGAACCUAUAGUAAAUGAUUUCUUGGAUGGUUAUCAUGGUACAAUUAUUGCAUAUGGUCAAACUGCAUCAGGUAAAACAUUUACAAUGGUUGGUGAUCCAGAUUCACAUGGUAUCAUUCCUAGAGUUAUCGAGAGUAUUUUUGUGGGUAUUUCAAAGAUGAGAGAAAAAGAUACUUCAUUAUCACUUGCAUUUUGUUUGAAAAUAUCUGCAUUGGAAUUGUAUAAUGAGAAACUUUAUGAUCUUUAUGAUGCUUCAAAAAGUAAUCUUAACAUUAGAGAGCACAAACAAAAUGGCAUCUAUGUUGAAGGUAUAAGUGAAAUAGUUAUCACAAGUAUUGAAGAAGCAUAUAAUUUUUUAAAUAUUUCAAAUAAUAAUAGAGCAAUUGCUUCAACAAAAAUGAGUGCUGCAAGUUCAAGAAGUCAUUCAGUAUUAAUGAUUGAAUUAUCACAACAAAAUUUAUCAAUGGAAAGUUCAAAAAUUUCAAAAUUAUUUUUGGUAGAUUUAGCAGGUAGUGAGAGAGCACAUAAAACUGGUGCAGAAGGUGAUCGUAUGCAAGAAGCAAAGAAUAUUAAUUUAUCAUUAUCAGCAUUGGGUAAAGUUAUUAAUGCAUUGACAUGUGGUGCAAACUAUGUUCCAUAUCGUGAUAGUAAACUCACUAGAGUUUUACAAGAUUCAUUAGGUGGUAACUCAAAGACAUCACUAAUCAUCAAUUGUUCACCAAGUAAUAACAAUGAACAUGAAACCAUUACAACACUUCAAUUUGGUACACGUGCAAAAACCAUUAAAAAUCAACCAAAGAUUAACAAAAAAAUCACAUAUCAUGAAUUAGAGUUAUUCAUCAUUAAAUUAGCUAAAGAUUUAGAGAAAAGUCGUAAAGAGUGUGAAGAGAUUACAAGAAGUAAAAAUUUAGAGAUUAAUAAUCUUUUAAUUCAAUUGGAAAAUAAUCAAAAAAUGGUUGUAGAAAGUAAUCAAAAGUUAGAGUUAUUAAAUAGUCAAAUUUCAAGUAAUCAUUCAUUUGAUAAUACUUUUAAAGAAAUUGAAAAUACUUGUGAAAAUAGUAAAAUCAUUUUUGAUGAUUUAAAUGAUCAUAUUAAUAAUAAUAAUAAUGUUGAUGAAAAUAAUAAUACCAAUAAUAAUGAUAAUAAUAAUAAUGAUAAUAAUAACAAUAAUCAAUAUCAAGAAGAAUCAAAUCAAUAUCAACAAGAAAAUAAUCAAAAAGAUGGUGAUCAAAAUAAUUCUAGCUUUGAUUCAAUUAAAGUUGAAGAUUUAAGAGAUUUAGAUGAUGAACCUGAUAUUGAGGAUAUAAUUUUAAAUAGUACUUUAGGCAAUAUUUCUGAUGAUGAUGAUGAUGACGAUGAUCAUCAUAGCAACAAUAACAAUGUAGAUGAUAAUAAUAAUGGUGAAAUCAAUAACGAUAGUGAUGGUUAUUUAAAUCGUUCAUUAAAAGAUAUUAAAAUUCCCGAGAUUUCUGAUUUAAAUGAUCACAACAUUAAUAAUAAUAACAACAACAACAACAACAUAAACAAUGAUAACAAUAGUAAUAGUGGUGGUUUGAGAGUAUCAACUUCUUAUAUUACUUCAUCACCAAAUUUAUCACCAUCAAAGAGUAUGGAUGUCAAUAAUUCUCCUCCUCUCUUUAGCUAUUUUAAAACUAAAGAUUUUCCACCAUCAUCUGAUGAAAAUGAUAAGUUUUUUAAUGAUUUAAUAGCCAAAGGAGAAAAUGAACAACAACAACAACAACAACAACAUAAUGAUGAUGAUGAAGAUAUUAAAUCAACCACCUCAAAUGCAACAACAACAACUAUAACUACAAUAGAUAUGAAUGCAUCACAUCCAUCAGGUAUUGAUGAUCCAAUAGAGUUUACAAUUAUUAAAUCUGAUAAAACUAUUACAUCAACAAUCGAAAGAGAAACCAUUCAACCUUCUUCAUUAUCAAAUUCUACAUCACUUUUAGAUAUUGAAACUGUAGAAUCUUCAACAUUACCAGCUCCCCCACCUGUUACAACUACUACAACCUUAACAACCGUUACAACUACUAAACUCACAAAAACAACAAAUAUACCAUCAAAUACAAAUGAUAUCAAUAGCAUUGAUGAUUUUGGUUUCUCAAAGAUUGAAGAAGAGGGAUCAUCAAGCAAUCGUAAACCAAAUGAUACUGCUAUUCUUUCAUUUGGCGAUGAUGAUGAUGAAGAAAAUGAGGAUAAUGAAAAUGAAGAUGUCAUCGUUGAUAGUGACGAAGAUACUCACUCUGGUAAAAAUAAUUUAUUAAAUACAUUUAAAAACGAUCAUCAUCGUGGUGAUUUUGGUGCAACUCCAACCAAAUCAAUAUUUAACAAAAAUGGAAAUAUUACAAUUAAAGAAUUUGAAACCCCACAACAACAACAACAACAACAACAACAACAACAACAACAACAACAACAACAACAACAACAACAACAACCCCUCAUUCUUCAAACAACUUCCACUAAUCCAACAAUCAUUUCAAUAAAAAGUAAUAAAGAACCAUCUCCAUCAUCAUCAACAACAACAUCAAUUAAAAAAAAAAAUUUUAACAAACGUAGAUCCUGGAUUAUUUUUACCAUAAUUUUAACCAUAACUUUAGUUUCAAGCUCACUCUUAUGUUUAUAUCUUCCAGAAUAUAAAGAAAGAUUAGUCCAACGUAGAGGUUAUUUGAAUAAAUUAGGAAUCUAUUCUGACUACCCAACAAAUGAAAAAAUAUCACUCGCCCAACACAACCAAAUUUCGUUAGCUAAAGAAUUAUAUGGUGGAAACAGUAAACAAUAUUAUGAUGAAAUGUCAAGCUUUAAUACUGCCUACAAUCAUUUAAUUGAAAUGAACCACUUAGAGACUGCUGUUUCAAAAAUUUUUGGAUCUGCAAUUGAUUUAAGAUUUUCUGGAGACGAUGUAAUUAAUUCAAUCGAAUGUAAAAGGGCAAUCCAUAAACUUAAAACAAACAAUUAUGUUAAUGGAGAUUUAGACCAACAACAACAACAACACAAUUAUAUAACCAAAAUAGAUCAACUUUCAGAACAAUCAAAAGAACAAAACCAAUUGAUUGAAAACUUUAAAUUGGAUUUGAAAAAUAAAACAAGUGAAAUCGAAAAAUUGGAAAAAGAAAUUAAACAAAAGGAUAAUAAGAUUAAAGAAAAAGAAGAAAAAAUAGAAUUAAUUGAAUCACGAGUCUUAAAUGAAGAAAAAGGAGGUGAAAAGGUAUUGGAAGAUCAAAUAAUUUCCCUUAGAAAUGAUAAAAAUACUUUAUCCACCCAAAUAUUAAAUUUGGAAGGUGAUAAGAAAUCUUUGGGUGUUCUUGUUAUUAAAUUGAAUUCUGACAAGACCGAGAUUCAAAAUGAAGUCAAAGAAUUAAAAAGAAAAGUUCAGGAACUUGAAGAUGCUCCAAUCGCAUUGAUUCCAAAUCCAUUUGUUAAAUGGGUCAAAUCUUUCUAUGUUGAAAAGAAAUCUUGGUUUGUUGAAAAUAUUUAUAAAAUUUGGAAUUGGUUUAAAUAA